AUGGAAUUUGAAAGUCGGUAAUUCAUUUCUUAAAGUGAAUUCAAUCGCAGUGAAAAGUUGACAUUAACCACAAUACAAUAAUAUGUUUCUAUAAUUGUAUUAUUGUUGGCCCUGGGAGAUGCAAUCAUGUUAUUUGUUAUCAAUGGAUUCGUGUUAAAUUACAUCACUUUAAGCUUUGCUAUCAUAAAUGCGCUAAUAGUUUUGAUCUGCAUCGCAACUCUAGUUUGGAAUAACUAGCAAAAAACCUAUCUAGCAUCAACUGAAGAUGAAUGGGGAGAAUUGACAGAUAACUUUAACGGGAGGUAAAUACAAUUAAUUAUGAAGAUUGUUAUUCUUUUUGACUAUUCUCAUGGCAGUUGCAGAGUUCGUUUUCUUCAUCCUGAUAAUAUUGUCGAGUGAUUAUAUCUAAGGGUUGUACUAAUCAGAGAAAAUUGGAAACGAUUAUCAGAAAUUCGAUAAAGUUGUAUCUGUCAUGAAACCCAUAAUAUUGAUAUUUUCAAUCUUAAUUGUAGUUGGAUUAACAUACACAAUACACAACUUUUAUCAGAUGACAAUAUCCUCAAUUACAAGUCGAUUCAAUAUAUACCUCCUCUGUAUAGCUGUAUCCUUGACUUGCUGGGGAUCUGUAUACUUGUUGAAAGGAAUGAACAUCUAUCCUAUCAGUGCUAUUUUAAACUUAAUCAUAUUGGGAUUAAUAUUACUAGCAGUAAUUUCAAACACUUGGAAAAUCAAAGGUUUGCUUAUGAUAUUGGCAGCACUUCAAAUCCUUAUAAUUCCAGUUCUUUUGGGAUUCCAAGCUGAAUACAUAAGAGACUUUUAAGAACAGCAAGAAAGUAACAUUGCAAAUUGUUAAUAACAAAUGAAUAAUUUAUCUGAAUCUUAUCUAUCCGAACACUCAUGUGCUUCAAAAUAUAUUAAAGACAUUUAAACUUAAAAUUGUCCAGAUGGGUAAAAAGAAUGUUCAAUUUAUUCUACUACAUGUGAUCGUGAUGCUCAAGUCUAGAGAUGGGAAGAAUAAACAACAGAUCCUGCAGAUCAUCCAUUAGGAUGCUUGAAUUUGAAUUGUUGCAAAACAGUCAGUAAUAUUUUCACAAAGGAUUUGUUAAUUCUAAUUAUGCUAUCUUUGGCGACUCCAUUAUUUUUAUUUGCUUUAAUUUUAUUCGAAUUCCACCUUUCAAGAAGAACACGAUCUGAUAAAACAUUAGGUAGAAAUAUAGAAACAUUAUUCCUUUUGUUAUUCAUUGGCACAAUAGUUUUUGGAGUACUUCUGUUAGUCAAUAAUUAUACACCUAUUCCAUUGAAAAAAGAGAUUAAUUUUGAUCAACCUGCCAAGGCUGUGAAAGCAAAGGAGUUUGCAAAGAUCCAAACCAGAAUGUGCCAAUCAAUUACAUAAUUGGUUGGUAACAGGGUUGAAUUGAGUAGUGAAUGUAAAUCGACAACUAAUUGUCCUUUGAAUAAAGUGGAAACAGGAAAGAAGGAGACAAGUAUGAUUCUCAUAUAAUUAUUUAGAUAUCUUAUUUGGAUUGUGGGUUAAAGGAGUUUAACAAUUUAAGAGGAAGGAAGCAACGACAUACUAAACUUUGGCUGCUGCUAAAUUCUUAUGGCCUAAUUAUGAUGGUAAUGAGUUAGAUUUCUUUGCUAUAAUUGGUAAGUUAGAGUAUGUCUAGUAGUAUUUGGAUGAUGUUUAGGUUUGCUAUCAAGUGGGCUUGAAAGAUCUUACAAUUAAUUUAUAUCAAAAUGUUGUCGAUAUUCCAAUUGAAGAAAAGAACAGCAAGGUUUAUCAUUAUUCAAUGUUCUCUCAUUUUGCAGAUACUGCAGCUAAACCAACAGAACCAAGUAAGGGAAGUCCUACUACUUCUGAUAAGGGUAGUACUGAUCCAAAAUCAUAGGCAACUUCAACUUAACCAAAAUGUGAAAUUCCUAAUUGUUAGGAAUGUAAAGAUUAACAGUGUACAACUUGUAAGACAGGUUUUGAUAAAGAUGAUGAAAGAGGGUGUAAAUAUACUGGAAAAUUAGGACUCAGUGAAUCAAUCUAAGUUUAAUUAUUCAAGGAAAUGAAAUCAAAAGUGAGUGGAUUUGUAGUAGGUGAAAUAAAAAAAGAAGAAGAUAUAAUUUACACUCAAUAUCCAAUAUAGGAAGCUAAGAUUUGUUGGAGUCAAGAGGGAUUAGAUAAACCAAUUUGUGAUGUAGCCACUCCUAAGGGAGAAUAUAAAUUACAGAUAUCAACUUUUGAUGUAGCUGAUUAUAGCACUCAAAUCUUUUAACCAACAACUGGAUUGAUAACUGUGGCUGCCAUUGGUUAUGAUGACUAUGUUUAACCUUAGGUGGUUCAAUUCUAAGAAGAGAUUAAUUUUGGCACUAUUUUAAUGAGAUCAAAUGUGACAAUACCUAAAGUUUAAACAACAACUACACCCCCACCAAAGUCAUAUUUACAUUAAGCUGAGACCACUACUACUACUACAAAACCUACAACAACUACCACGACUACAGAACCAGCCAAGCCUACAUCAACUACUACUACUACAACUAGUGGUACAACCUCAAAAGAACCAGCAAAAGAAUAACCUAAGGAGCCAGCAAAAGAAUAACCUAAAGAACCUGCAAAAGAAUAACCUAAAGAACCUGCAAAAGAAUAAUCUAAAGAAGCUGCAAAGACUGAAGGUGGAUGUAAAAGUGGCGAAUAUUUGGAUGCCAGAAAGAAAUGCUAAUCAACUGGAUGCACUAAUGUUCCAUUUUGUAAAUUCUGCGAUAAGAAUAAUAAAUGUAUUAGUUGCUAAGCAGAAUAUUAAUUAUAAGCAGAUAAAUCCUGUUUGCCAGAGAAUGGAUGUUCUAAGCCUUACUCUUAAAAUCAAUGUCUGAAAUGCUCAAAAGAAAAGGAAAAGUGUGAUUAAAAUUAUUGUGAUGCUUUCUCCACUUUUGAUAAUGGCUAAUGCAAAUAAGCAUAUAAAAUAUGCACUACUAAAAUCUAGAAUUGUGCUGUUUGUACUAAAGAAAAUAAAUGUGCUGUGUGUGAAUAGGGUUAUAAAGUUGUGAAUGGAGAAUGCAAAUUAGGAGAUUUCUCUUAGAUAUUUUAGAUAAAUUAUUAUUAAACUGAUGUUUAUGUUGUUGAUGUUAUGAAUUGGAAUAAUUUAGAAGCUGCCAAGGUUGAUUUGAGAGUCGGUAGUUGUGGAUCAUUUUAAGUAUAUGGAACUGCUAAGACUGAUUCUAAUGGAAAAGUUACAUUUACUCGACUAGUUAAGGGAUCUCAAUACAAUUUUAUUGUUACUCAUCCAGAUUAUUCAUAAAACUGCUAUGAGUUCUCAGAUAAGGAAGUUACUAUUGUGCCAUUGUCUAAGAAAUUAAAAUCUGGAUAAGUUAGGAUAGUAUUAGAAUGGUAUAACCCAGAUAUUAAUUUGGAUCUUCAAUUGUCCUUUAAUCCAACAGAUGCCUCAAAUUGUUUGGUCGGAUAUUUAGAUAACGAAUGUACUGGAGCCAAGUUUGGUAAAUCCUCUGAUGAAGAAUAUAGUUUUGAGGCUAUUGAAAUUAAUGCCCUUGUACUUAGUAAAUAUUUAAUUUUUGUUCAAAAUUUUGGUGAUAAAGAAAACUAUUAAGAAAAAUUGAUAUCAUCAAAUGCUCAUAUCAAAUAUUAUGUGGCUGAUAAAGAUGACCCAGCUGUCACUUUUGUAGUACCAAAUGAUAAAUAAUCUGAAAUCGUGGGAACUACAGAGGCCCUUAAAACUGAAUGGUUAGCAUGGUUAGUAGGAUGCAUAGAUGCAAAUGAAUCUGAAAUCCCUGAAUCCUUAUUUUCUUAAAAUGGUGUAUGGUAAUGCAACACAUUUAUAUAAAUAGGUGGACAGCUAGUUUAAAUAAGUGGUAUCCUGAAAUUCCUUAAAAAACUUCUCAAAACUAUUUCCCAUCACCGAAAAUUUGUGACGUUUGAUAAG